AUGCUUAAAGUGAAUAACGUUUUCGGGAGCAACCCCAAUAGAAUGACAAAAUUGGAGGAUGAACACUACUUUAUCGAUGACAUCGUAUCGAUUAAAAACAGACAAAAGAGCAAAAUGUACGUCAGGGAAGGGAAACGGAUAGGCCACGGCUCGUUUGGAACUGUGACACAGUCCAUUCUGUCGAGCAAUAGUAUUGAAUGGCUAGGACCUUAUGCCAUAAAAAGAGUAGUGAAAUCUCCCAAAGUACAAUCUUUGGAAUUGGAGAUCUUACAGAAUAUCAGACAUCCAAAUCUGGUUACUUUAGAGUUCUUCUUCGAGAGCCACUGUACUACCAAGGACGGUGGGCACUUAUAUCAGAAAAACUUUGUUAUGGAAUACAUUCCUCAAACCUUAAGUUCUGAAAUUCAUGAAUAUUUUGACAAUGGUUCUAAGAUGCCUACAAAACAUAUCAAGCUGUACACAUUCCAAAUACUUCGAGCACUUCUGACCUUACAUUCCAUGAGUAUAUGCCAUGGCGAUCUGAAACCGAGCAAUAUAUUGAUUAUACCAAGUAGCGGUAUUGCUAAAGUGUGUGACUUUGGCUCGGCACAGCGACUGGAUGAUAAUACAGAAUUGAAGACCUAUUUUUGCUCGAGGUUUUAUAGAGCACCUGAACUUCUCCUAAAUUCGAAGGAUUAUACAACUCAAAUAGAUAUAUGGUCGCUUGGUUGUAUAAUAGGCGAAAUGAUAAAAGGCCAGCCACUUUUUAAAGGCGAUAGCGCUAACUCACAACUGGAGGAGAUAGCUAAACUAUUAGGCCGCUUUCCUAAAAGUUCUAUAAAAAAUUCUCAAGAGUUACAGGAUAGCUUAAAUGACCAAAAAUUCAAGAAGUUUAUGCAUUGGUUUCCCUCUAUAGAAUUUUUUGAUGUGGAAUUCUUGCUAAAGGUGUUGACGUAUGAUGCCACUGAAAGGUGCGAUGCUAGACAAUUGAUGGCUCACGAAUUUUUUGACGCGUUAAGAAAUGAAACCUAUUUUUUGCCAAGAGGUUCGAGUAUGCCGGUUCACCUACCAGACCUCUUUAAUUUUAGUGCAUCGGAGAAAAGGGCUCUUGGAGAGUAUUACAACUUGAUUGUGCCAUCUCUGGAUUAG